AUGUCGUUCCUGCGGCGGUUCACGAAGCGGCCGCCGCCGCCGGCGAAAGAACCGGACGAUGAGCCACCAAAGGACGACGCGCCGAGGAAGAGCCGCUUCACCCUCUUCGGCAGCAAAAAGAAGGACGAUGCCGCCCCCCCAAAGAAGCGCAAGUCCUGGUUCGGCGGCGGCAAGAAGGACAAGGAAGAAAUCCCCGAGGAGCCCGAGGACGCGCCCGCCGUCGCCCUCGCCGUCGACGUGCCGAGCGAGCGGCCGAACGCGCUCCACGUCGCGCUGCACCGGUGCCGCAACCUCCCGGUCAUGGACGUGAACCUCCUCAGCAAGAACUCGAGCGACCCCUUCGUCGUCCUCGAGUGCUGCGGCGCCAAAGAAAAGUCGACGACGAAAAAGCGCUGCCUCGACCCCUACUACGGCGAGCGCUUCGCGCUGCCGCUCGACGGCGGCGACGAGUCCGUCAAAUGCACCGUCUUCGACGAGGACGUCGUGUCGUCGCACGACUUCAUGGGCGUCGCCGACAUCCCCUGCGCGCCCCUCGCGGACCGCCGGCCGACGAAGCGCUGGUACAAGCUCCUCGGCAAAAAGGGCGACGCCUCCAAGGACUUGGGGGAAAUCCAGCUCACGCUCCACUGGGUCCACGACCCGAGCCGACUCCUGGAGCUCCCGCUCUGCGAGCCCGGCGAAACCAAAAACGAGCUCGUCGUCGCGCUCCGCCGCGCGCGGCACCUGCGGGCCCUGGACCGGAACCUGCUCACGGAGAACAGCAGCGACCCCUUUGCGAUAUUGCGCUGCGACGGCGAGGAAGCCAAGAGCAAAGUCGUCUACAACACGUGCGACCCCGUCUGGGACGAGAUCCUCACGGUGCGCGUCGACGACGGCGCGGCGCCCGUCUGCCUCGAGCUCCGGGACAAGGACGUGCUGUCGUCGGACCUGCUCGGCUUCGCGGACGCGUUCGCCGCGGAGCGCGCGGACGGCGCGGAGGCGCGGCGCGGCGCGUGGCUCUCGCUCGCGGAGUUCGACGGCACGCGGCCCGAGGGCAAGGACUACGGCGGCGUGCGCGUCGCCGCCCUGUGGCGCGCGAACGCGGCGCUGCCGCCGUCCUGGGCCGCCGCGCAGCCGGGCCGCGACGCGCCGGGGAAGCGGAACGAGCUCCGCGUCCGCGUCUGCCGCGUCGAGGGCGCGCUCCCGGGCCGGAAUCAAAUCUUCAACCCGACUUCACUGACAGUGGUUGAUUUCGGCUCAGGCGCCCUCUGGAAGCGCAAAGCGAACUGCUACGCCGUCGUCGCCUGCGACCACAGCACGCGGAAGACGAAGACUUUGGGGGCGGCGCUCGCGUGGAACGAGGAGGUGGCGCUCUUCGUCGAGGACGAGGACGCGCCGCUAAGGAUAGCCCUCCGCGAAAAGACGCUGCUCUCGUCGACGGAGAUCGGAAACGCGGAAGGAACAUGGGCGAGCGACCGGGGCGAGGCGCCGACCUACGCCUGGAUCGGCGACGACGAAUUACGGUUUCGGGUCUGUUGCUACUGGGCGCGCGAGCCGUCGCUCGUCGCGGCGAUCCCCGAGGACGAUUUGCGACCCGACGAGGCCGAGUGGCCCAACUGCCUCGUCGUCCGCGUCGUGCGCGCCAAGGAGGUCAAGGCCAUGGACUGGGCGCUCCUCGACGCGCCGAAGAGCGACCCCCUCGUGUCCGUGAGCCUCGGCGGCGAGACGGUGACGACGGCGACGGUCAAAUCGAACCUGAACCCCGUCUGGGACGACGCGCGCUUCGAGUUCGACGCCGCCGACGCGGAUGCCGUGGUGACCUUCGAGGUCAAGGACGAGGACCGCUUCCUCCUGGGCGCCUACAAGAACUACGACUUCCUCGGCCGCGCGGAGGUCCGCGUCGGCGAUCUCGCGGGUCCGCCCGAGCGGCGCUGGUUCGAGCUCGGCGGCCGCGAGCGCACGGGCAAGGAGGGCGUCGCGCGGCGCGCGAGCCUGCAGCUCGCGGCGACGAAGGACGGCCUGCUCAACGCGGCGAAGAAGACGCCCGAGGGCGAGCGCGGGUCGCUCGAGGUCUGGACGCACUGGACCUACGACGCGGGCCGCCCGUCCAACAAGGGCCGCACGGCGGCGCUGGCCGCCGCGGAGCAAGCGCGGCGCGAGCGGGAGGCGGCGGACGCGGCGGCGCAGCCCGAGGAGGAGGAGGAGGACAAGUGGUGGGAGCGCGAGAAGGGCAGCCCCUUCGCGACGGCCACCCUGAAGGGCCUGCCGAACCGCCUCAACUUCGUCGUUUUGGAGGCCGCCGUGCGGCCCCACGCGGCCGACGUGCUCGUGCCCAACGUCGCGGCGUCGGCGGACCCCUACUGCCGCGUGUCGCCGGGCGACUACGUCUUCGGAGAGGCGCCGAAGCCCGAGCUCGGGCGCAAGCAGAAGCGGCGCGCGCCGAAGUGCGUCUUCCGCGCGGGUGGCGACGCCGCGCGGUCCAAGACGCUCAAGCACGUUCUCCACCCCAAGUGGGACGAGGCCAUGACCGUGAAGCUCGACGCCGCGGGCCGCGCGGCGUUACGAGUCGAAGUCGUCGACGACACGAACAGCGACGACGACGACAAGGACGCGGUCAUGGGCGUCGCCCUCGUCAAGCUCGGCGACGUCCUCGACGCGCGCGCCGGCGCGACGCACGAGGGCUGGUUCGGCCUCGACGAGCCGCCGCCGCCCGCGCGGCCGGGCUCCGCGCCGUCGCCGGUCUCUCCGACGUCGCCCGACGCCCUAUCCCCCGACCUGCACUCCCAGUCCGCGCGGUCCCGGUCCCACUUCCACGCCGCCGCGGCGGCGACGGGCGCCUUCGGCGGCGCGCCCACGAAGCAGAAGCGGAAGCGGCCGAGCGACCGCUACUUGUGGUCGGGCGAGCUCGCGGAGCCGACGCUGUCGUCGCGCGAGCUCCUCGUGCAGCCGCCCUGGGAGCACACCACGUCUCCCCACCCGGCGCGCGAGGCCUACCACGGCCGCGAGUUCCGGUCCACGGCGCGGACGGCGCCGACGAAGGCGCCGACGCAGCGCAAGUCGUCCGUGCAGCGCUACACGCCCAAGGGCGCCUACCAGAGCAUGGCCAAGGCCCGCAAGGAGCGCGACGCCGCGGCGGAGGAGAGCGACAGCGACGGCGAGGAGGUCCGCCAGAAGGUGAAACUCCGCCUACAGUGGGUCUUCGACCCGCGGCUGAACCCGCGCGAGCUGCCCCUCGAGGAGGAGGCCCAGUGGGCCGCGAAGCUGGGCCUGAUGGGCGCGUCGCCGGAGGAGGCCAAGGAGCGGCGCCGGGCGCUGGCGCUCCAGCCGCCGAACGUGCUGCACGUCACGCUCGUCCGCGCGGUCCGCCUCAAGCUCCCGAAGACCGCGAGGUACGUCUUCGCCGAGGUCAAGUGCGCGCACCGCACCGUGGCCGCGGCGCCGCCCCAGCCCGUGCCCGAGGACGUCGGCGGCGAGCUGCUCUGGAAGCUCCGGGGGUCCGUGAAGGUCCGCGAGCGCGAGAUCUCGCCGUCGAGCACGCUCGACGUCGUCGUGUCCCACGCGGCGGACCUCGACGGGCCCCGGGCGACGCUCGGCCGCGCCGUGACGCCCAUGACGGACUACCGCGACGGCUACCCGCGGCGCCUCUGGGUCAAGGUCGGCGACCGCGCGACGGGCCGCGUGUCCGAGGCGUGGCGCGGCGCCGUCGACGCGUUCGUCGUCUGGGCCCACGACGAGACCCAGGCCUGGAAGGCCGAGGUCAACCAGGCCAAGGCGAAAAUCGCCUCGGCGAAGUGGGUCCAGGACACGACCCAGGGCAAGGCGCGCAAGCCCAUGGAGCGUUCCGUGCUGUCGCCGACGAAGCGGCCCAAGAGCGCCGCCAAGUCCGACCGCCACUCGCCGCGCAAGGUCGCCGAGGCCCUCUUCCAGGACGAGGAGCACCUCGCGACCCACGUCUACCUGCCCGAGGGCGUCGCGCACAAGCACGCCGCGCGCGUCGGCGCCAAGCUCCUCAAGCGGGCCGGGCCCGGCGCGGCGGCGCCGGUCGUCGAAGGCACGGUCGUGUCGCCGGUCGGCUCGCCGACGCUCGUCGACGCGGUCGGCGUUUCGGUGAAAGGCGCCGCGGACUUCGACGAGGGCGCGUCGUCCUCGAAGAUGAGCGCCACGGCGCAGAAGAAGGCCGCGUGGACGACGACGUUCAUCAGGGACAGCCCGAGCAUGGCCCAGAAGCAGCGGAGGCGCAUCGCGAGGUUCGCGACGGACAUUCCGACGCCGACGACGCCGACGCCGAUGGCCGUCUCCACCGACAAAAUCGCGACGUAG